CCUAAAUCCUGAAUGUGGGUGCAAACCACUCUUUUUAGGUACCUAGUAGCUACCUAGUGUUUUCAGCUGCAUGCAUAACCUCAAUCUCAACAUAGCCUAACAUACCUACCUACUAGCUAAACUUUGUGUGUCAACUAGCUAACACUACUAGCUAGUAUAGGUACUAGCAAUCUCCAGAAAAUUUAGGUGGGUGAAAUGGCCGAACCACAGGCUAAAAGACUUUGUAGUGGUAGUGAGAAGAAGUUACAUUCUUUGAAAAAACACAAUAUUAAUCCACGUGAAAUUAGAAGAGCUCUCUUCUGUGAUGUGAAAGAGCCUUUAGUAUUCCAUGGGUACAUUAUGCCACUGGAAGUGUCAGAUGAAAGGAAUUCCCCUUGGAAGUGUCUGGAGUGGGAUGCAAAAGCAUGGGGGAAGCUGUUUGAAGACAAGGAUCUUCAUUUCCGAAUAGGUACAAGAAUAAACUUUGAUACAGUGCUCUCAGCUCCACAGUGGGAAACUACUUGUUUAAAGGGUACCAUGUCAUUUGAAAAGUUUCUUAGAUGGUCAGAUGGCUUUACAGAUUGUCAUACUGCCUGUGGUCAAGAAGUGAAUUCUGAUAGUCACUGGGCUUAUUUUGAUUACUUUUAUAUGAAGGACCUAGAGCACCAGGAUGAAAUGAAAGACUUUAUAGAUUGGGGAAUGUUUGGGUUUCCUGGAAGGGGUAUCCAAGACAGCACAUUGUGGAUAGGCACAGCUGGAGCAAAUACUCCGUGCCAUAUAGAUACUUAUGGUUGUAAUCUUGUUGCCCAGGUUCAUGGGAAGAAGCGUUGGAUUUUGUUUCCAAAAACUCAGUCCCAGUAUUUAUCUCCUACACGCAUACCAUAUGAGGAGUCCAGUAUAUACAGUCAGGUUGGCUUUCCUCAUCCUUGUCUUAUCACGCAUCCUGAAUUGUGUUCAACUACACCAUAUGUUAUCACACUGGAGCCAGGAGAUGUAUUGUUUGUACCAAAUCAGUGGUGGCACUUUGUUGAAAAUCUUGAAUUUUCAAUAAGUAUAAACACAUGGUUAGAGUUGCCAUCUGAUCAUGAAGAGCGUGUAAAAGAAGCACUUGUGAUGUAUCAAGUUGGAAGUCUUUGUCAUGGGGUUGAGUCAGUGGAUUAUGUGAGUUCUGUAUUAAACCCUAACAUGAUAAAUGUUGCUACUAUGACCUCAUCAGAUCUUUUAAAGUUAUUGGCUUCUAAAGUUUUCCAAGAAGCUGAUAGUCUAGAGCAGACAGAUGCCAGUGAUGACUUUGAGUGUUCAGAUAAUGUAAAGUAUUCUGUUAUAUCUAGUAAAAAGAUGUUAUUCGAUAAAAGUACAAGCAGUUCUGCAAGCUCAAGCAGUGAUACAAACCACCAUUUAUUUACACUGAACUGGAGUAACUUAGCUUGGUGCAUAGACCAUGGUGUUGAAAAAGUUCCUAAGCUAUCAUUUGAGGCUUAUAUUUCUUCUGUUUUAGGGAGCGAUAUCAAAAGUGAAUAUGAGAAAUCUGUAACUUGGUUAAAAAAUGAGAAAAACUUAAAACCUCCAAUGAAACAGAAUGAAAAUCAUGAAGAUGGAAAUGUCAGCUUAAAUCAUCUUAAGAUUUUGGUAGAUAGUUUAAGUGAUGGCAGAGUGAUAGACCUUAUAAAGAAGGUUAUUGAUGAGAAAUUGCAAAAGAAAUAGUUUUGAACCAUACAUUUUUAAUUUUGAGAAUUUUAUAGUUUUUAUCCCUGGUGAUAUGCUUAUUGUAUUAUUUAUGACUUAUUUUUCAAAUACAGUUAAUAAUGUCAAUAAUUUUUAGAGUUGAGCUUUAUUAAAUAUACCUUUUAUUUUUAUGA